CACAAAUCAGUCCUAGUAGAACGUCGUCCUGGGAAAGUGCAUUGUCCGUCAAUCGCGGUGGUAAUUUUUAGAAGUAACUACAAAUUAUGUGUUAGGGGUUUGUGACUUACGACGACAUCAAGUGAAAUCAAAACCGAGUGAGACAAAAUAAUAAUAUUUCAGACAAAUUGUUGUAACAGAUCGGGCGUUUGACCAUUAGUGAAAAUUAUUUGUCGAUUAGUGUGGGAAAUAGCACAACAAAUGCCGAAAAAGAAGCGAAGUAAAUCACCAAUAAUGGAUAUGAUCGAAGACGGAUUCGAUGAUGAUUUGGAUUCCAAUGACGAUAAACCAGGCACCCCGAUCCAGCGGAACGCAGCCAACGCGAGGGAACGGGCCCGCAUGAGGGUCCUAUCGAAGGCCUUCUUCAACCUGAAGCGCAACAUCCCCUGGGUACCUGUCGAUACGAAGCUGUCAAAGCUGGAUACCCUCCGAUUGGCGAAGAAUUACAUCAGCUACCUGGCCGCAACGCUAGAUGGCCAAUCGGUGGAGGAUUUUUCCACCAACCUGGCUCAGCCACCGAAAACGGCUUGGCCCUUCGUUUUCCAGCCGGUUCAACCACUAGAGGCUACCAAACCCAAGCUGCUUUCCGCGACAGUUUCCGAAAGUCGAAACAGAACCGAAGUGACGCCGACAAAUCAAAAUAUCAAAUCACCUAACUUCUCGCCUCAACCACCAUCGUCAGUCAGUCAGACAUCUGGCGGCUGUAAAGCUGAUAAAGGAUCAUUUUCAGCUACCAGAGAUGAAUCGAAUCCCACGUUUGCGGAAACUCGAUCCAUGAGAGUGCUUAGCCAAACGCAACAUCACCACCAUCAUCAGCAUCAACAAGAGCAUAAUCAUCUGGUGGGACAUCAGCAGUUACAUUUCCAGAAUCACAAUCUUCAUAUCCACAGCCAUAUGAUGGAUGCCGAAUCCGAUGGUCAUCUGGGCAAUUAUCAUCAUCAGUUGCAGAAUUUGCAUCUUGUCAGUACGAUGGGAAGCAAUUAAAUAUACUAAUAAAUGAUUAACUUAUACUUAAACAAUUCAUUCGUACUUAGGUUGUUAGUAAUCGAAACAACUCAAAACUUUUUUUUUAUAAAAUAGUAUUAUGAUAAAUAUAGAAAAAGUGCAAUGUGAAGAUAUCUUUUGGAAAAUAAAUUACCACCUACUCACUGUUUUA